AUUCCUUUCUCUUCCUUACACCGCACUCCAUCGUCGUAUGAUGCUACCCUUGGCUUCCUUCGACUCCAAGCUCCUCAUCCAGCCAUGCAAAAGGCUCUCCCGGCUCCUCACCCUCCCCUGUGCAGCCCCUUAUUAGCUUCCUUCUCGAGCCUCUGCAAAGGACCCAAGUGAAGCAGCAGCAGCAGUAGCUGAAGGAGGAGUCUCCGCCGACAAGCAUGACGGACAGAGAAGACAAAGGGGUGGAGGCGGCGUGCCGGAGCUUCGAGAAGUAUCUGGUGGAGAUGAUGGUGGAGGAUGGGACGGUGAGGGAGCUGACGGACGUGGAGGAGCUCCUCCGCUCUUGGAACAGCUUGACGUCUCCUGUCUUCGUUGAUCUGGUGUGCAGGUUCUACGGGGAGCUUUGCAGUGACCUCUUCUCCGGCAGUCGAGAACAUGAGAUGCACGAUGAAGCCAUGUGAUCGAAUCAGUGCUCACAUCUUAGUCUUUCUUGCUUUGCAUUCUUGAAGCGCAAGGAAAGUUUAUUCUUCGAGUCCUACGAGAUGGAAGGCAGUAUGUUCAUGGUUUGCUCUUUCAUGCUCGAAUCAAAGACAUGUAUACCAAAAUUACUUUGUUCUUAUUUAGUCGAUUCUAUGCAUUUG